GAUUCACCUGCAACGGGGCACAACGGGGCACGCCGGGGCCGCCGAACACGGAGGUAUGGAUGACGCACUUCCGCUGGUGCCACAAGCGUCAGGCACUGCCAGUGAUGGCUCCGGGAUGGAACCGAAGGCAAAUGGAGCGACUCUCCGGACAUCAGUCACCAUGUUGGAGGACUCUAAGAACAAGAGAAUUGGCAACGGCUUCUUCGGUCGGAUCGCGAACAAUGAGCGGUUCCAGCACGUGACUCUCUUUGUCAUCGUGCUGAACGCCUUCUGGAUUUUCGUGGAUGUUCAGUGGAACCAUACAGCCUUGAAAUUGGCCGAUGGGAGUUUACCGUUGGAGCCUUAUAGCAUCAUUGUGGAGAACAUCUUCUGCGUGUACUUCACUUCGGAGGUGUUUAUCCGCUUUUUGGCCUUUAAGAAGUAUCGCUACUGCUUCAUCGAUGCAUGGUUUGUGUUCGACCUGACUCUGGUGGUUUUCAUGGUGUUGGAGACCUGGGUCAUCACACUGAUUGACCUGGCUUCAGGUGGCGCCAAUGACGGCGGCGGAGUUUUGAACAACUUCAGCAGCUUCAGGCUCCUGAGGCUCCUUCGUCUCACGAGGGUCGCACGAUUGAUGCGUUUUUUCCCAGAACUCUUGACCUUGGUGAAGGGAAUGGUGAGAGCCAUGCAGUCUGUGGUUUUCAUCCUCCUUUUCAUGGUCGUGGUCACGUACGUUUUCGCCAUCGUGUUCACGAGCCAGAUUGCACAGUAUGAUUAUGAACGCCCAGCAGGCGUAGAGGACCCAACGGCCAAGGAGCUCUUUGGUGAUAUGGGUUCCUCCAUGAUGACGCUCUUCACCAACGGUGUCUUGGUGGACAACCUGGUCUUCACCUUGACGGAGAUCCAAAAGGAGAGUUUAGCGUUGAUGUGGGCCUUCAUGGUGUUCAUUGUGAUCUCUGGGAUGACUCUGCUGAACAUGCUCAUUGGUGUGCUCUGUCAAGUGAUCGAAGAUAGCGCGCAGGGCGAAGCCGAAGCGCGACAGUUGGCCGAAUUGAAGACCUGCUUGGUGGAUGCCUUCCAAGCGAUGGAUGAGUCACAGGAUGGUCUCAUCAAUGAGGAAGAAUGGAGCCAGAUAGCAACCAACAAGAAGGUCCAAGCGGCUUUGCUGAAGUUGGGAGUUGAAGAAAGCAUGAUGGAGGAGAGGCUCAAGCAGAUGCAGGAGAGCCUUUUCGGGCGGAAGAACAACGGUGCCAACGCUGCAGAGAAUGAAGAUGCGGAGCAAAAGACCAAGGAGGGGUUGUCUUUUGAUGAGUUCGUUGAGCAAGUCGUCGAACUCAGAAUGGAUCAACCUGCAAGCGCUCUGGACGUUGAGACGCUCAUGUCCUCCGUGACCCAAGAGCAUCGAGUCCUUCAGCGGCGCUUGAUUUAUAUGGAGUCCGAGCUCAGAAAGAUCGUCAACGGUGCCGAGGAGCCGAGCCAAACACCUCGAAAGUUGCAGGACGCCGGAGAAGUUCAAGACGAUGUGAUGUUGUUGUCACCGUUGUCACCUAGCCUGGCUAGGUCUUUGGAGGGGCAGGCAGGGCAGAUGGAAGUAGAUCCUGUGGGCUACCUGCCGGGAAGCGUUGGCCCUAUGGAGGCGCGGCCUACAACGCCUACCCUAGCAGAGGUGAGAAGCCACUCGGCCAUCACCACUGAUACCGAGGGAUGGCUUCAAGAGGUGCCCACAGAGCUCCUCUUUCACAUCCUAAAGAUCCGCUCACUUGGGGACCAGGAGGAAUGAGAGCAGUGCAGGCGGCUGGACGUUCCGCCAAAGGCGUCUCAACGUCCGCCGCAAUUGCCAACGAAGAGCCC